CGGCCCUACUAAGGACUAAAAAUAAUCGGAUUGAUUGAAAGUGGAAAACAUCAACGUUGGAAAAUUCGCAUAAAGAAAGAAGUUCAUGUAGGAGAUUCCCAUUUUCCCGACCUCACACUCCCCUGCAACGCCACCUCGAUCAAUUUGGAUUACGGAACGAAUAGCACGAUGGGCGACUUCGAGCCCCUUAUGAACUUCAACUUGCCGGAGCUUCUAGCUGGUGACCUAGAAGAGUCGGAGCAAGUCUUCAAGUCGAGACAAUUAACUGCUGGUGCUCCAGCGCCUAUGUUGGCUGAUGAUGGGAGUAAGAGGCGAUACUCGCUACAGGAUAGUUCGCUGAGCGCCGCCCCUACGGCUUAUGCCCUGGAUGUUAUGUCGAGGGCUAGAUCGCUACAAAACGUCCACGAAAAGCGUGCACAAUUCCUAAACAUCUGUUGCGAACCACAACCAAACAAUAGCGAUUCUGAUACGGCCAGCAGUGAAUCUUCCGGUGGCUUGGUGCCCCCAUCAAUCGACACGCGGGACGCAUCGGUUACCACAACAGCUACUUCGGUCACAUCAGAGAGAAUGGAACCUAGUAAAUUAAAGCUUGUCAUACAGGAUAAGAAGCAAGUCGGUCAGAGUUGGAUGGACUUGGAUGAUGCGACAUCACCGGAUCGAAGGCAUAAUAGCAUGGUCAAUUUUCCAUCGCCGGCGCAAUUACUAUCACUACAACAUGAUCUGGACGAAUCGAGGAGUAUGUCCCUAAAUUCAGCGGUUCCACGCCCCAAAGUUGUGGGUGCCUCCGCCCCAUCGCCUACUAUUCUGAGAAGUCCGGGUGCUGAAGAACGACGAAAGCCAGCCAAGAAGCCUCUGGUGUGUCCCACAACAUUUCCGAAGCGACAUUCGUCUUUAUUAUACCAAAAUUAUCCCGUGCUACCUGAGAUUAAUGUGUCUCCAUUAAUACAUACUCCGUCGACUCAGCACUUCCCGAUUCAAACCAACGGCAUGCCGUCAUCCCCAGGUAUCAAAACGCCGACUUCCGCUCCUCCUAGAACUCCUAGGACAUUUAGGGCGGAAGCGAACCCGAAUGAUAAUAGGGUCGAUGAUGACAUCAGGAUGAGCUUCCCUUCCCCGGCACCUUCAAGACACGAGCACAAGCGAUUUUCACGGACAGAAGGGUCUCGAUUUCCGGAAAUCGCACCGCUCGGAAUUGAUGUUGAGUCUUGGCUGGAGUCAAGCGUCGAUAAUUUCCCUUACCAUGCUCAGACCAAGGCCGAUGGCGGCCACACACCUUUACCGCUUCCGCCAGAUGUCAUUGAUACACUUCGAGUGUCCAUUACGUGUUUCCCUGAAACGAUGCUGCAGUGUUCCAGUCUCUCGAUCGAGACCAUACGCAGUCACUCUAGAAAGCUCAGAUACAAGGCUACCAGUCCUGCGAGUCUCUACUCAGAGUCGCCUGUAUCAGCAGACUCAUCGGAGCCAUCGAAGCAGUCUAAGUGGAAAUGGUUACCAUUAAAAAAGCAAACAUCAUAUCCCACCCAAAUGCCACCUAGUCCACAACGAAGCGGCUUCUUUGAGAGCAUGGAUGGAAAAUAUAGCCCAACUUGGCCUAGGAGGCCAGAUUGGACAGCCAUCCAAAAUCUCUUCCCCUCUGGAACGGAUUACCUUUGCGAUGCUCUUUAUGCUCACCUAGUUGCUUACAACUACAUAACUUCCCUAUGUCCCCGAUCAGCGCUUGUUAAUACCCCAGCUUCGAGGCCUAGCUCCAAAUCGUCGGCGGCAUCAAAUAUGAGUCUUGGCCUAUCCAUCGAUCUCCGUACUUCAGUUGAUAUACGUUCAUCCACUUCAGACGGUACGGCGAUUCCGUUGAAGGCGGCUAGCUUGCUUGGUCUACAGGAUGACCCGAACUCACCUAUCCCCGAGCCCCCUUCAUCGCGAUGCAAUACACUACGCAGCAAGCGGUCAUUCUUCGCGAUCCCUAGAUCAGCUUCAUUCUACGAGGUUAACCGACCGACGACAUCUACAGGCGGCUUUGGCCGUCGUCCGCCACCGUCCGAUCAGAACGAGCAAAUACUGAAGGACUUACGACUGGGCCUUGCGAGGUGCGUCUCAAGGCUUGUCGCAACAUUACGGAUGACUAACGGUGGAGGUCUUGCUCCGAGUCCCGAUGGUGUGGCAUCGCUAAAGCGCGAAGAAGAUCCGGAUUUCAUGCGAGCGCUUUGCGAAAUCGUGCGCCUCUCCGAAGAGAGGUACAUGUAAUAAGUGUGGUUCAUGCUUAUACCAUCGCGAUAUCAGGAGUUACUACAACUACACCCAGUACAUUAUGGGAUGGGAUUAAUUCCCAUACCCUUAAACAGAUUUUUACGGUUUUGACGAAAGAUAGGUGGCAUUGUGGCGCUGGCGAUUUGCCCACCCUUCGACUAUACGGUGUCUUACGAGAGACCGCCAGACUUGGCGUCUACGAAGGAUUUUUUACUGCGUAUUCCUCCUAUACUUCCGACCAUCUUGCGAAU